CUCUCACCUUCUAUUAUGCUAAUCAUAAGGUUUGUAUUACAAAAGGACAGUGAGGAUUUCCUGUAUUGUGAUAUCCGGAACAUUUUAGAAGCUGGUAGUUUUACUGCUUCUUGCUCAUGCUAUACAUAUGUGGCUCAACAACAGAUUCCUUGGCUUACAGCCCAGCUCUGUGAUCCAGCACUGCUCUUCUCCAACAAGCACUCCUGGGGCCUUCCCUGCAUCCACCUGGAAGCAUCCUUUGUCAUGUCAGUUUUUCAGACCACUCCAUGGAGGCUGAUUUCCGGGACCUUAGGAGUAGUGUGUCUUUUGUUGGCAGCUACUUUGGGAAUUUUGUUGAAAAAUUCUAAGUUUCACUACACAAGGCUUUAUAAAGAUCAAAAUGCGUUCUCUCCAGGACCCAUCACUGAACUCCAGGAAGACUCUGACUGCUGCUCUUGUCCAGAAAAGUGGAUUGGGUACCGAUGCAACUGUUAUUUCAUUUCUAAUGGAAAAAACACUUGGGCAGAAAGUAGGAAUUCUUGCACUUCUCAGAAUUCCAGUCUACUUCAUCUAAAAAGCAGAGAUGAAUUGGAUUUUUUGAAAUCUAGUAGAUAUUUUUACUGGAUUGGACUCUCUUAUAAUGAAACACGUGGCACCUGGCUGUGGGAGGAUGGUUCUUCUCUCUCCCAGGAUCUAUCGUUGUUCUCUGAAAUUUUAAAUCCAGAGGAGUGCACUUUGUAUGGUCUAAGUGGGGAAAUUUCUAAUGGCAACUGUAAGGCAAUAAAUCGUUAUAUCUGUAAGCGACAACCUAUUUAAGUGUUUCUCGGGGCAUGCAGUGGGGCGGGGGGCAGGCUGCAGUGCAGGCCCAGGAUUGCUAAGAAUGAUACCUUUAUCCCAUAUUAUUUCUAAUUAUCUACUGUAAUAGUAGGGGUCUGCAAAAUGUUUAAAAUUGUGUCUUAUCAUAGAAUUUACAUGUCUAUGAAAUGUCAUUGUUCUAAAAUUGAUGGAAUUUCUGUAUCUACACCUGAAACUGUAAAGCAUCAAGGUAAAGAAUUUUAUGAAUAUUUUUAUUUUAUUGGAUAUGUUUUAAUGUUAAAUUUAAUGUAGUUUUAUGUAUGUAUUCUUGCAAAUUUUCUCUCCAGAAAUUGAAAUAAAUUUGACUUAACACCAAAUAAUAUAUAUCAACUUCCUUUUAAUGUAUCACAUUUAUAGUAUGCCAACCUCUGUAUGGUAUACUAAAUUGGGAAUUCCCAUCCUCACCUCAUUUUAUUGAAAGUAAAAAUAAUUUUAAUGCUCUUUCUAGAUAUUUAUUUAUAGAAAUAUAAAUUUAGAGAUGAAAGUGCCAUAAGUUAGUAUCUUCAUGUGCAUCACUAAGAGGGGAGCACAUUUAUGGGUCUUCCCUUAAUGCUCCUGAAUUCUGGAGAAUGACUAGCAGUCUUUGGCCAUUACAUUGAAAUAGGCGAUCUCCAUAUGAUUGCUUCCAGAUUUUGCAGGGAGAAAGAGAACCAAGCCCUGGUAAUACGAAUUUACAAUACUUUAUUCUUUAUCACACAGACCUUUAUUGCCUUAUGUUUAUCCUUCAGGAAAAGUCACUUACAUGUGCAUUGAAGAUCUUAUUAUCCGAUCAAUCCAAAAAACUCUUUUCCUAAAAGUCAUGUAUCAAUUACCACACAAUUCCCUUUUUGAGGAUGUGGAGGAAAACCAUUUUAUUGAAGGGUUCUCUGAGUAUGUCAAAGGAGGGUUGGGGACAGCAAUGAAGUCUGAUGCCUGCAGCCUGAUUGGGAUCUUCCUGACCUCCCAGCCAUCAAAAGUCAGUUCUCUUUUAUAACUAUUGCAUUUAUAUCUUAAGAAAUUUAGAUUGACAUCCCUAUUGGAUUUCUUGUUUUAUUUUUCAGUUAAAUGAUAAUAAUUGAGAACCCAAAGUUGAUUUUAAGAUGCACAGAACCAGGAAGAGAAAAGGACCUAUUACAUUUUAUUUCUCAUGCUAUAAAUAUAAUAGAUCUACAAAGAGAACUUUUCACAUUAUGUAUGUAGAUUGACUUAGGAAAACCGCAUUUAAGUUAUAUAAUGAAAUAUGCAUAUUAGAACAUAACGUUUUUCAAAAUGUUUAAACCUGGACCAAGAAAGCUUAUGUGAUGCACUUUCUGUAUAUUUCAAGUGUUUAAGCUUCAUUGUCCAUGUGUUUUGAAAAAUAAUAUGUU